AUGGCACAGGCGGCGCUGCGGGCGCUGUCGAUUGCUCUUCUUGCGGGGUCGUCAUGGCAGUGCGACGCAACCCGCACCAAUGAAGCAGCUGAAAGCCCGGAUUAUUCGGUCGCCAUCGCAAAGGAGGGUUUGGAGGUGGACGUCGAGAAGGCGUUUUGGCUUGGACCCGAGAAGGUUCUUCGCGUGGACGAUGGGACCGGUGCAGCCAUCUUCAUGCCGCAGCUGGACGAGGGCGCCGCCGAUGUUCCGACGGAGCAGGCUAUGAACAGCGUGGCGUAUGUGUUUGAGGACGGGAAGUGUAAUUUCAAGAAGACUGUUGAGUACAAGAAACUUUUUUCGGGUUACGAGCUCCCGUUGUGGGUUCGCAACCCCGCUGCACCGCUGGCCGAAUGGGGAGCUGCAGACGUUGCGACCUACACGUUUACGAACCCUCCUUCCGAGAAGUUGACUGAGCCAGUCAGUUUCUGUGUGCGGUUUAAGGUGAAAGCGACUUCUGGGGACGCAUCCACACCGUCGACACCGGGGAAGGAAUCAUUGCCUAAGGAAGAGCAGGCUAAUGACGGAGCACUACAAGAAAAUCGCGGACGCCCCGAUGCUGCUGGUGACCCUGUGGGCGCGCAGCUUUCGGGUCCAGGCGCGCCUGAGCAGGAUAGUGGUGCGACCGACGGGAAUGAGGAAGACUUGGGUAACGCAACUAAGGAUGACCAUAGAGUGACGCCCCCGCGUGAUGACAUAGUGUCUUCGAGAUCACCUGCGCCGGCGCCUCGCCAGGAAGGGCCCGGAGUUCCUUCAUUACCUGUCCAGAUUCCCCCUACAAGGGACGAGGACGCCAGCCUGGAAGAAAACCAGGCAACAGUUGUCAAGCCCCAGGACGUGGAGCAGGACUCGCUGAAGUCGGAGACUCAAGGUCCGUCGCAGCUCGAAGACCAGAAGAUCGGGGAGCACAAUGAGAUUCGAGAUCCCACAAACAUCAAUGGGGUCGAAACAGAAACGCCUCUCGGUGCCAAGGACACUCUGAAUACUCCUCAAAGGGAGGAACCUGAACAAGAGAGUUCCAAAAGGCAAAAGGACACUUUACCCCAAACGGAAGGGGGCGGCGUCAGCGCGCUACCACAGGCGCACGACCUCGGAAACGCAGUAGUUGGAGGCAAAGAUCUACUGGCCUUGAAGGGCGAACAAGCGAACCAAGCUGAUGGUGAGUCACCAGCAGUCAUCAGCAAUGCCGACGGACCACAGAAGGUCGUUGGCGUGCAUAUGAGGACACGCCUGAGGCGGCUCUCAGCAAAGCCUGAGACUACUGAGAGAUACCUGACAGUUGUGGUGCACGCCGGUGCGUGGAGCCUCGCAGGACGCGGCGUCGUGCUCGCAGCUUCUCUCCUUACUCUCGCGACCGCAUUACUGUCGAUGUUAUAG